AUGCUCAACCUCCUGGACAUCACCAUGAAACUGGGUGAUACGAUGUGUCUAUCAUUAACCUACUUCUGUAUUUUGUCUUCUCUAGAGCUCCCAGAGCAACAUUUUAUUAUUGAGGAUGAGUUUCCAUCUGACCAGCAGCUCUGGAACCUUGAGAGGAAUCCCAGUCUGGACCAAGAGGAGCCAGAACCUCCACAGAUUAAGGAGCAGCAGGAGGAGCACUGCAUCGAGCUCCCAGAGCAACAUUUUAUUAUUGAGGACGAGUUUCCAUCUGAACAGCGGCUCUGGAACCUUGAGAGGAAUCCCAGUCUGGACCAAGACGAGCCAGAACCUCCACAGAUUAAAGAGGAGGAGGAGCACUGCAUCGGUCUGGAAGUAGAGCAGCUUGAACUGAAGCAGGAGGAUCAAGAUAACGUUUUGUUGAAUCCUACUCUCAAGGAAAGUGACCACAGUGAACCAGAGACAAGUGACAAUCAGCUCCUCUCCCACCGCUCAGCUCAGAGCCAAGAUCUCAACGAACGCAAGCAUGGAAACUCAAAAUCAGUUAAAAAUGCAGAGCAGGCAUCAGAAAAGGAACAUCAUGUCAUCACAAGAGCAAAAGAAAGCACAAGUCCCAGUAACCUUGCAUGUAGCACUACCAUGUCAAAUAUUGUGCCGAAUAUCUGCAAGAGUAAAAAGGUUUUUCAGUGUGACACUUGUGGAAAAGUCUUUAAGUGUAAGUCAGGAUUAAAUGGACAUCUGAAGGUGCACACAGGAGAGGAAAAGCAUUCUUGUGAAAUGUGUGGAAAAAGUUUCACAACUAGCACAAAUUUGACGAGACACGAGAGAACGCACACGGGCCAGAAACCUUUUUCUUGCAAAACUUGUGGGAAAAGCUUUACGCGUGAAUAUUACCUGCAGGCCCACGAAAGAACGCACACAGGGGAGAAGCCUUUUAACUGCAAAACUUGUGGGAGAAGUUUUACAACUAGAGUGAAUCUGCAGGUUCACAAGAGAAUACACACGGGCGAGAAACCUUUUAUUUGCAAAACUUGUGGGAGAAGUUUUAUUCAGAGAAAUCACCUGAAGAGACACGAGAGAAUACACACGGGCGAGAAACCUUUUACUUGCAAAACUUGUGAGAAAAGUUUUAAAUGGGGAAAUAGCUUGAAAGUCCACAUGAGAAGCCAUACAGGUGAGAAGUCGUAUCCAUGUACAACUUGUGGGGAAAGAUUUGUUAUCAAAUCCCUUCUAACAAAACAUUUGUGUACCCACACAUAGCGAAACAGAUAUUUUUGUAAAGUGUUGGAAAGAUCUCUGACUUGCCAGUUUAUACAAAGUCCACAGGAGAAAUCCUCCAGUUGAGAAGCCACACCAUGGCAACACGAGAGUGAUAAGAUUUGCUCAAGCGUUGUCAAAGAAGUUGUUACUCAGUUAAUGAUUCAUUAAUUAGUGAUACAACAGUUGGCGCAAACAACACUGGAAAUUUUUCCAGGGGACCAAAAAAGUGAUGAACCUUGUUGUACUUCACAAAGCAUUGAACUACUGCCAGGUUCCUCACUUACAUCUACGCAAGAGAGAUUGUGUACAUUUGCAUUAGCUGCAUCUCUGCAACUGAAUGCGGGAAUUAUCCCAUUGAGGAGACAUCACAAUAUCUUUGAUGGUCAACACAUUUGCUGAAGUACCCACGUUUCUGUUCUUCAUGUGACUGUGAUUGAUAUCUACAUCUGCAAAGGAAGUGAUGUUUUCACCCAUGUCUCUUUGUUUUUUCAUUUGUCAGCAAUUUAUACCAAAUGGUGCAGGAGGGGGACGGGGGUGAGAGCAAUGUAUUGGGUUAAAGUGACAGAUCCAGGAUAUGUUAUUAUCGCUGAAUGUUGAGAGAUGUUGUCAAUGUGUCAGGAAAGACUGGAUCAAAAUGUAAAAAUCUGACAUUUGUUGUACAGAGAUUUAUAAUAACACAGUAUGUGGUGCAGAUUAUCAGAUGACUUCCCUGUUUCUUUUUUCUUUCUUUUACAAAGAAGAAAAUAUGUUGUUAAUGUGUACACAGUCCUAAAUGACUGUCACUGUAAAUGGUUAUUCUUGUGUACUAAGUGUAUUCAAUACUUUAGUGCAUUUGCAGUUCAUUAAAGUUUCUUGAAUUAUGAUGAUGUGUUUUAUAUCUGUCACACGUUGAAUCUGUGUUUGUCUGUGUGGAGAAAAAUUCCCCUGACUAGGUGUCUCACUGCUAUGACCUUGAUAAACAGGAUGGAACCCUUAUUUGGUGAUGUUUUCUCCCAAAUGGUACGGCGGACGGACGGACACAGCAGAUAACACACAGAGGAGGAUCUCAUGUGUUCUUCUUUCUCAUAUCAUGUCUUAUGAAACUCCUCUUUGUAUAAGUUCUGGCUUUUGUGAACUUGCGACCAGUUGUUCCAUUUUGAGUACACCUGCUUGUUGUAUAAACUCUGCAGAGCUUAUUAUUAUAAAGACUCAAAAGCAA